AUGCCAUCUGCCACAACUAAAAAAUCCGCUACUCCAACGGCCAAUUCUACUUCCAAGGGUAAAGUGGACACCAACAAGUUAUUGGAACUAGUAUACACCUUACAAUUUGCUUGGUUUGCUGGUAAUGUACUUACUGUUGUUGGUUUUAUUAGCAGCACCUUGACUUUUAUCAGAAUCUUGCCAUCCUUGUACAAACUAGACUACUUGGUCACCUUGUUGGGUGUUUUGAUUUCUUUUGGUAUUUUGGUAUUCCAAUUGGUACAAAAGAAUGGUCUUAGGUUUGGUAUUUUGAUCAAGGAUGAUAACACCCACUACAUCUUGUUGGGUGGGUUCUUGUUGUUUCUCAGACCUUACGUUUGGUUAACUUUGGUCCCAUUUGCUAUAUUUUCAACUUUCCAUGUGUUGGCUUAUGUCAAUGGAUACAUUUUACCCAUUGUUGGUUUGGACAAGAGCAACUUAUCCACAGCAAUCACCAAUUUCGUUAGUCAAAACAACGCCAAGUCAAUUGAAGCUGCUAGUGGUAUUGAAUUGGUUACUUAUGUAUGGUUAAUUUUGAGGUUGAUCACUUUUAGAAAAAGAUCAUUGAGCCCAUUUUUGGUUUACACUGUAUUCUUGAAGAAGAGAUAUGAAGUCAGUGCUUUUACUAGAAGCUAUGUCAAGACAGUUGCUGAUACCGGUGACAAAAUUGUGAAUGAUGUCAAUCAUCCAGUAUUGCACGAUAUUUGGGCUAAAGUCAGAAAUGUCUUUGGAAUUGUUGACAAGUAUAAGUUGGUUAACGAUUACACACAACAGGAACAAAAGACAAAGUAA